CCGCUUCCGGCCGAUUGGUGGAGUCUCCCGCGCGCUGGCGUCUGGCGCGCGGUACAGUUUAAAGAAGCUGGCCCCGGCCACCGGAAGUAGAAUCCUCCUCCUCGAUCUCGUGGCCCGGAAGCGGCCGUGAGGCAGAGACCGAAGAGGCGCUCGCCAUGUCCCUCAUCUGCUCCAUUUCAAAUGAGGUGCCUGAGCAUCCCUGUGUGUCUCCUGUCUCAAACCAUGUCUAUGAGCGAAGGCUGAUUGAGAAGUAUAUUGCAGAGAAUGGGACUGAUCCGGUGAACAACCAGCCACUCUCUGAAGAGCAACUCAUAGAUAUCAAAGUUGCCCACCCAAUUCGGCCAAAGCCACCAUCUGCUACUAGCAUUCCAGCCAUUCUAAAGGCACUUCAAGAUGAAUGGGAUGCUGUCAUGCUGCACAGUUUCACGCUACGCCAGCAGCUGCAGACUACACGUCAGGAAUUGUCCCAUGCGCUAUACCAGCAUGAUGCUGCCUGCCGUGUCAUUGCCCGUCUUACCAAAGAGGUCACUGCUGCGAGAGAAGCUUUGGCAACUCUGAAACCCCAGGCUGGCCUCAUUGUCCCCCAGGCUGUACCUUCUUCACAACCCAACGCUGUGGGUGCUGGUGAACCAAUGGAUUUAGGAGAGCUGGCUGGAAUGACCCCAGAGAUUAUCCAGAAGCUUCAAGACAAAGCCACGGUGCUGACCACGGAGCGUAAAAAGAGAGGGAAGACUGUGCCAGAGGAGCUGGUGAAGCCGGAAGAACUCAGCAGGUACCGGCAGGUGGCUUCACAUGUGGGACUACACAGUGCCAGUAUUCCUGGCAUCCUUGCUCUCGACUUGUGUCCUUCUGACACCAACAAGAUCCUCACAGGUGGAGCUGAUAAGAAUGUUGUUGUCUUUGACAAGACCUCAGAGCAGAUCCUGGCGACACUGAAAGGUCACACCAAGAAGGUCACCAGUGUAGUCUUCCAUCCUUCCCAGGAACUGGUGUUCUCGGCUUCGCCAGAUGCUACUAUCCGGAUCUGGUCAGUCCCCAGUGUUUCAUGUGUGCAGGUUGUGCGUGCCCAUGAGAGUGCCGUGACAGGGCUGAGUCUCCAUGCCACAGGCGAUUACCUACUGAGCUCCUCUGAUGACCAGUAUUGGGCUUUCUCCGACAUCCAGACUGGCCGUGUUCUCACCAAGGUCACAGAUGAAACUUCUGGCUGUGCUCUGACCUGUGCCCAGUUUCAUCCUGAUGGGCUUAUUUUUGGGACAGGAACAAUGGACUCUCAGAUUAAGAUCUGGGACUUGAAGGAACGGACCAAUGUUGCAAACUUCCCAGGACACUCUGGCCCUAUUACUAGCAUUGCCUUCUCUGAGAAUGGGUACUACCUGGCCACUGCUGCUGACGACUCCUCUGUCAAACUCUGGGAUCUGCGCAAACUGAAGAACUUUAAGACCCUGCAACUGGACAAUAACUUUGAGGUGAAGUCCCUCAUAUUUGACCAGAGUGGCACCUAUUUGGCCCUAUGCGGCACUGAUGUCCAAGUCUACAUCUGCAAGCAAUGGACGGAGGUUCUCCACUUCACAGAGCAUAGCGGCCUGACCACAGGAGUGGCCUUUGGGCAUCAUGCUAAGUUCCUUGCUUCGACAGGCAUGGACAGAAGCCUGAAAUUCUACAGUGUGUAGUUUCUCCUACCAGGAUGCGAUGACAGCAGAGCCUAUUCUUCACUGUAGUGUUAAGAUAAUCGGGGCAACCAUGGGGCACAUGGGUGGGGGGUGGGUGGGAGGGAUAUGGGGGAAAUAGGGUGCAUCAUAGCUUUUUAUCUUGGUUCAGGCUACCUGUAGAAUGGAAAGUUGAGCCCAGUACUAAAUGGAUUUGUUUUCCUCUGUUCCUUCAGCUUUGUCUGUUCUGUGAUUGUAACAAUAUUGAGCCAAACCCAUCCAGUGUUGACCAUCAAAUGAGGGUUGGUGGCAGGAAUUAAGGCU